AGGGGAUUUUCAAGCUGUUCUGUCUUUGGUGGGAUGUUAUAAUCCAAGGGCUAUAGAUAAUUUUGUAUUUUGGGUUAUUUGGAGCCUUAAAAUAACAAUUGCUGUUUGUCUGGUGUUCUUCCUCCAACUCCAAACACUGCCCAGCCCCAGACAUUGCAAACCAGGAAAGGACAGGGACUUUGCUGCCUUCCUGAUGGCACUGGCAGUGCCUUUGCAGAGCUGCCUUGGGACCUGGGGACUCUGGGGACUCCGUGGCCCUCUGGAUGGGUCCUUCCCACACGCCACUUGCAAGGCAGCAAACAGGAAAUGUGUGAGCACCGGCAGUUGGUGUCACCCCAGAACGGAAGGUGCCUUGAGUAAGAGAGAUGAGAGCGGGGGCAGCUCCGUCCCUCUGAGCUGGGGAGCCCUUGGCCCCCUCUGCCCCACACCGAGGGUCCCUCGUGGGGAGGGUAAGUUCUGCUGCUCUGGGGGUGGCUCGGGCAUCACCUUAAAAACUGAAAAGUGGGGGAAAUAAGGGUUUUUUCUUGCUGUUGGUGAUCCAAGGGGGCUUUUUCCUGAUGCAUGUGAGGGACUGUGGCUGAGGGCUCCUUUCUGAGGGCUGGGAGCAGAGCAGGGUGCUGUGGGGGAGGCAGGACACUGGGAGCUGGUGAUGCCAUGAGGGACCCUGCUUGGCUGGGAGGGGCACAAUUCCCAUCCCAUCCCAUCCCAUCCCAUCCCAUCCCAUCCCAUCUCUCUCCCUGCUCGCUCAGAGCCUCCAUCAUGCUGUGGGCUCAGCUCACCUGUCCUGGAGCUGGAACAGGAACCAGGGGCUUCUCCAUGCCCUAAACACCCCCUGCUCCCCAGAGCUCCCACUUCUGCUGUCUUAGAGGCUGGGACAAGGCUGUUCCUGGUCCUGUGGAACUCCAGCAACUCCACAAGACCCUCUUGCUUUAAGGGGCAGGUUUUGGGCCCUGUUCCCAUUUCUGAUCACACUGGGAUUUGGCAGGAUCUGUUUCUCGUGGCAAAGGAAGGGGGCAGAGGGCUGGAGGAGCUGCUGUCCCCCCAGGCUGGGAGUGGAGCACGGCCCCAGCUCUGCGUCACCGCUCGCCAUGGCUGUGGUUUCCUUCCCUCGCAGUUUCAGCUUUGCCACACAAAGAACAGCCCCUCUCGGGGAUGGCAUGGUGGCUGUUGGUGACACGGCCACCCACCCAGCCUGGGGACAGGGCACUGGGGUCCCCAGCUCAGGCCCCACAAGCCUGGGCGAGCAGCAGCGUGAUGGAAACCUGCCGAGGGCUCCUGCCCUCUGCCCGAGGUGACUCACAGCUGUGAAAACCGGGGGAGGAAUUUUAAAAGGUGCUGCUAAGCUCUGAGAAGGCAGGGGGAACCAGCACGUCCUGCUCAGACCUCCAGCAUCGCCUCGGCUGGUCCUUUGCUGCUGUCACCUCCUGGCUGUGUCACCUCCUUGCUGGUGCCCUGUGCAUCCUCCACAGCUGGGGAAGAGUAUGGGAAAAUUUGGGAUGGGUGCUCAGCAGGUGGGAGCUGGGCUGGGAGCCCCUGGGAUGGCUGGCAGGAGCAGCUGUUGCUGCUGCAGAUCCAGGCUCCCUUUGUGCCGUGCAAUCGGAGAUAAGGCCUUCCUUCCCUUCCUCUUACCAAACCCUCCUCAGCAAUCAGGGUUUGGGCCCUUAGGAGCAGCAAAAUUAGUUUCCAGCUUGUUCCCUCUCUGCUGUCGCCCACCAGGCUGGAGGAAAGGUGUCCAGUGAGGGCAGGGCAGGCCGAGUGUCCCCUCCAGGCCAGGCCAGGCCAGGCCAGGCCAUGUCCGAGCGCCGGGCGGGCACCAAGGGCCGGCGCUUGGGCUCCAGCCGGCGCAAGCAGCUGCAGGAGGGCCCCGGGCAGGCCCCAGCACCUGGGCCCAGCGAGGAGCCACCAUGGGCAUCCGAAAUAGUGCAGAGGGAGCAGCACCUGCUCAGUGACAGGGACACAGGGCAGGCGGCAGUCGUCACCCGCUCGGACAUGCAGAAGCUGCAGGAGGAAGGUUUGCCGUGCAGCAGGGAGGAGCUGGAGCUUGUGUUCGAUGGGCUGGAUGCCGCUGGCACUGGGCGCUUGGGCACAGAGGAGUUCACAGCUGGGCUCCGGCAGUUCCUGAGCUCCCAAAACGCUGCCAGGGAGCACCGGCGGAGGAAGACGGCGUCCCGGAGGGUGCGGCUGGUGCUGCCCGGCACGGUGCUGGCAGGGGGGGACAGCGAGGAGCGCAGGCACUUCGCUGCCUUCAUGGAGCAGCUGGGCACAGGCAACCCCUCUGAAGAACAGGAGAUCUGGCAGCUCUGGGUGAAGCUCCGGCAGGACGAGCCCCAGCUGCUGGACAGCCUGGAGGGCUUCAUGGCCAGGAUGAGGCAGCGCAUCCAAGAAGCCAGGAGCGAGAAGGAGGCUUUGGAGCUGACUCUGAACAAGUGUGUGGCCGAGCACGACAAGGACGUGCAGCAGCUCUGCGAGGCCCUGGAGCAGCAGAUCCAGCAGGAGCAGCAGCGGCUGCGGCAGCAGAGCAGGGCCCGGAGCCAGCAGCAGGGCGAGGAGCUGCAGCGGGCGCUGGAUGCCAGCGAGCGGGAGGUGCAGCGCUUGGUCACGGCGCAGAUGGAGCUGGAGCAGCGCUGCCACAGCCUCCAGAGCUCCCAGCAGAUCACCAGCACGGAAAACCAGCAGCUGGAGCAGAGCAACCAGGCCCUGCAGCAGCAGCUGCAGCACCUGCACCAGCAGCUGCAGCAGACCCAGGGCCACCUGAGGACAAUGAGGGCUACAGUGGCUUGGGAGCACAUGGGGGAGCCCAGGGACAGAGUGGUAGCAGAGUUACCCAUCGAGGUGCCAAUGUCCCCACAGCUGAGUCCUGGGACGAGCGAGAAGUUCCGCUCCGAGAUGCGGAUCAGGCUGGGAUCCCAGAGCAGCGAGAGCAAAGCCAAGAGCACCCACCAAGUGGUUUGGGAAAUGCUGCCAGCAGAAACAAACCUUUCAGGAGCUCCACGGAAAGCAAGCUCUGCAGAAGAGGACCCCUUCCCAGAACCUUUGAAAGAAGAAGGUGUCUCUGACCAAAGCUCUUUGCUAAGAGAGAUGAAUGAUGCAAUAGCAGCUCUGAGCAAACAUCUGAAGGCACAGGCAGUGGGUGCAGACACUGCCCUGGCAGACACUGCCCGUCACCCCUGGGACAAUGCUGAGCCCCAAACGGGGCCAGAGGCAGCAACAGCCCAUGAAACAACCCCUGGGGUCAUGCAGGAGACCCUCCCCGGCCACGUCCAUCAUGAGCUGCUGGAAGGAGACCUGCAGGAGGGGCCAGGCACAGCUGAGCUUCGUGCUCCAGAUGUGACACAGGCUGGUGCGUCCGCAGGAGCUGGGCACUGCAUGGCUCAGGAGCCAGGGGCAGAGCAGGCAGAGAGCCCAGGGGAGGCACAGAGGAUGUUAUUCCAGCAAGAAAGGGGUGCUGGUGUGGAGGAGAUGGUGCUGAAUGUGGCUGAACAUCUGGGAGACAGCGUGGAGGCAGGAGAACAGGUGUUGAUGGAGGUGGAAGGAGCAGGGUGGCUGCAGGAAACAACAGCUUGGGCAAAACCACAGCUCCUGGGAGAAGCUGAGGAAGUGGAGAUAAGCCAGAGAGAAAAUUUGGAGGCAGGUCUGGGGCCACCUGAGGCUGGGCAGGAAGGUGUAGCAGUGGGACAGUGCCCUGCCAUGGAUGAGCAGCAGCCAGGCAGGGCGCUGGGUGUGCAGGCCCCGGGCACGGAGCUGCAGGAACAGGCUGACCCUGCAUCAGGGCUCCCUGGGACACUGGAAACUGAGCUGGGAGAGCACCUGGAGCCACAGCCACCAUCCAGGGGGGAGGCACAAGUGGAAGCAGCCCAUGGGGGUGGUGUCCCAGUGGCUCCUGGCCCAGGAGUGCUGGACGAGGAGCGUGCCAGGACGGAGAUGCAGCCCCAGGGAGAAACCAUGGACUCCAAAGUGCUGGAGGUGCUGCCAGCCCGAGCUGAGCGUGCAGGGAGCAGCAGAGCCGGGGGCGAGGAAGAGGAGGUGGAGGAAGCAGAGCCCAGGGAGGCAGAGCAGCAGCUGCAGGGUGAGUGUGCCAGGGGAGGUGCAGGGUGGAGAGGGAGCACUCUGGAGGCACUGGCAGCGGCUGUGCCACCCACCCACGGGCAGGGAGGAGGGGGAACAGAACUGGAGCUGGUGGAGGCCCCCAGCAGCACCAACAUGGAGCUGCUGGCAGAGGUGGAGGCAGAUCUGCAGGUCUGGAGUGAGGCUGGAUCCCCAGGGACACAGCAGGGAGGGGAUGUGGAUCCAGGUGUGCAACCAGAGAAGGAGAAGCCAGAGGUGGGGCUGGGAGAAGAAAUGGGGGCUGCUGCAGUGCAGAGUGAGGGUCCUUCCCCUGCAGAAACACCUGUGGGCAGCCCAGACUUAUGUGGGCAGUUCCCAGGUAUGUCUCAGGCACUGGUGGAGGCAGAUCUGCAGCUCUCUGGAGAUGUCAGCCCAGAAAUCCCCCAGAGAGGGAAGGAGGAAAGAGCUGUUCAGCUCCAAGAGAAUGAGGAAGAGGAUGGGGCACAAGGACAGGGUGAUCAUGGGCUGCCACACGAGCCAGUGCCUCAUCCCAGUGGGGUGACCUUGGGUCAGGGAGAGGGGCCUGGUGCAGGGCUACAACCAGGGGCAGAGGCUGACAGCCUGGACACUGCUGAGGCCCAGAGCAGUGGUGCCAAUGUGCAGCUGACUGCAGAGGGGGAUGAGCUCAGACUGAGCCCGGGAGGGAGCACAGGGGCAGAUCUGCAGCCCUUGGGUGAGGCUGGAUCCUCAAGGACAGAGCAGAGAGGGAGAUUGGAUCCAGAGGUGCAGCCCUUGGAUCAGGGGGAUAAAGAAGAGUUGGUGGAAAGGAAGGCAGAGGAUGCCCAGGAAGAUAUGAUGUUCCAUGAGGUUGCCAGCCCAGGGGCUCCAUGGGGAGGGGAUGGUGAAAGAGCUGUUCAGCUGGAGGAGGACAAUGGGGCACAAGGACAGGGUGAGGAUGAGCUGCCACACGAGCCUGAGCUUGAUGUGCACAGAUCAGGAGUCAAGCAAGGUGAAGGAGCUGGUGAAGACAUGCAAGCACAGGAAGAGGCUGAAAGCUUGCAUACAAUAGGGGGUCAGAGCACUGGUGCCAAUGUGCAGCUGAUUGCAGAGGGGGAUGAGCUCAGACUGAGCCCAGGAGGGAGCACAGGGGCAGAUCUGCAGCCCGUGGGAGAGGCUGGAUCCUCAGGGACAGAGCAGGGAGGGAGUGUGGAUCCAGAGGUGCAGCCCCUGGAUCAGGUGAAUAAAGAGGACAUUUUGGAAAUGGAAGUAGGGGAUGCCCAGGCAGAUCUGCAGCUGUGUGUGAAUCUCAGCCCAGAAACCCCGUGGGGAAGGGAGAAAGGAGUCGCUGUUCAGCUGGAGGAGGAAGAGGAUGGGGCACAAGGACAGGGUGAGCACGGGCUGCCACACGAGCCAGUGCCUCAUCCCAGUGGGGUGACCUUGGGUCAGGGAGAGGGGCCUGGUGCAGGGCUACAACCAGGGGCAGAGGCUGACAGCCUGAACACUGCUGAGGCCCAGAGCAGUGGUGCCAAUGUGCAGCUGGUUGCAGAGGGGGAUGAGCUCAGACUGACCCCGGGAGGGAGCACAGAGGCAGAUCUGCAGCCCCUGGGUGAGGCUGGAUCUUCAGGGACAGAGCAGGGAGGGAGACUGGAUCCAGAGGUGCAGCCCUUGGAUCAGGAGGAUAAAGAAGACAUUUUGGAAAGGAAAGCAGAGGAUGCUCAGGAAGAUAUGAUGUUCCAUGAGGGUGCCAGCCCAGAAGCUCCAUGGGGAGGGGAUGGUGAAAGAGCUGUUCAGCUGGAGGAGGAGGAGGAUGGCGCACAAGGACAGGGUGAGGAUGAGCUGCCACACGAGCCUGAGCUUGAUCUGCACAGAUCAGGAGUCGAGCAAGGUGAAGGAGCUGGUGAAGACAUGCAAGCACAGGAAGAGGCUGAAAGCUUGCAUUGUAUUGAGGCGCAGAGCACUGGUGCCAAUGUGCAGGUGAUUGCAGAGAUGGAUGAGCUCAGACUGAGCCCGGGAGGGAGCACAGGGGCAGAUCUGCAGCCCUUGGGAGAGGCUGGAUGCUCAGGCACAGAGGAGGCAGGGAGUGUGUAUCCAGAGGUGCAACUCCUGGAUCAGGGGGAUAAAGCAGCGUUGGUGGAAGGGGAGGCAGAGGAUGCCCAGGCAGAUCUGCAGCUGUCAGAGGGUCUCAGCUCAGGGUCUUCAUGGGGAGAAGAAAUUGGAACAAAUGUUCAGAUGGAGGAGGAGGAUGGGGCACAAGGACAGGGUGAGGAUGAGCUGCCACACGAGCCUGAGCUUGAUCUGCACAGAUCAGGAGUCGAGCAAGGAGGGGAGGCUGAUGAAGACAUGCAAGCACAGGAAGAGGCUGAAAGCUUGCAUACAAUAGGGGGUCAGAGCACUGGUGCCAAUGUGCACCUGGUUGCAGAGGGGGAUGAGCUCAGACUGAGCCCGGGAGGGAGCACAGGGGCAGAUCUGCAGCCCUUGGGUGAGGCUGGAUCCUCAGGCACAGAGCAGGGAGGGAGUGUGGAUCCAGAGGUGCAGCCCCUGGAUCAGGGGGAUAAAGCAGAAUUGGUGGAAGGGGAGGCAGAGGAUGCCCAGGCAGAUCUGCAGCUGUCAGAGGGUCUCAGCCCAGGGUCUUCAUGGGAAGGGGAGUGGGGAAGAGCUCUUCACAAUGAGGAGGAUGGGGCACAAGUGCAGGUUGAGAAUGGGCUGCCACAGGAGUCUGUGCUUGCUCCAGAAGGAGCACGAGGCCGACAGGGAGAGGGGGCUGGUGCAGGAACACAGCCAGAGGCUGAAAGGCUGCACACACUGGAGGCCCAGAGCAAUGAUGCUGCUGUGCAACUCUUCACACAUCAGCAGAUUCCCAAAUCAGGCUCAGGAGGGAGCACAGGGGCAGAUCUGACACCUCUGGGUGUAGCUGGGUUGUGGGAAGGGGAGCAGAGCCUGACUCUAGGUUUGGAGGCAGUUCUGGGUGCAUCUCCCACUGCAAACCCGUGGGAAGGAGCUGCUGCUGCAGAUGUGCUCCCUGCAGCUGAGGUUGCCUUUUGUCCUGAGCCUGCCCCUGCUGCAGAGGGCUCUGGUCUGGAAGCAGAGCUGGGAGCAUGCCUUGGUCCUGAGGGGCAGAUUCUGGAGGCACAGGAAUUACUGCAGGGAGAGAGGGCUCCUGCAGAGGGGAAGCCUCUGGAUGGAGCUCACGGUCUGGAAGUGGCACAGGGAGAGAGGCUGGAGGCAGGGGUGAGGAAUGGAGUGAGAACUCAGGGUCUAGGACUAAACCAGGGCCAUGAUGAUGCUGAUUUGGCCUCCCUGGUCUCCGAGAUGCUGUCACAACUCAGCUCCCUACAGCUGGAAACGAUGAUGCAGGAGGAUGUUCUCAUUCCAGAUGUGUGGCGGCUUUGUGCUCCAGGACAGGCAGCCCAAAGGGAGCUUCAGGAGCAGGUUUCAGCACAGGGACAUGAGGGGAGGCUUCACAUGGUGGCCCAACAGCCAGAGGGGAAGACACCACCCACGAUGGAACCCAAGCACACGGCUGCUGGACCUGCUGAGCAUCCGAAGCAAGAGGUGCCACCAGCAUCAACACUGCACAAGGCAGUGCAACCUGGAGAUACUGGGAGUGAUCAGCUGGGGGUGGUCCUCAGAGAAAACUCACUGGGGCAAAGGCAGCUCUUGGGAGAACAGAGCAAAGACCGCAGCGUUGGUCAACGAGAGAAGAUGCAAGAGUUUGGUCAGAAGAUGAGCCAGGAAGGUGAGCCCAGCUCAGGAGAGCCAGGGGCUGUGACUGCAGGUGGCACAGGAGCUGCCCCACAGAGUUAUCCUAAAGAUCCUCUGGACCCAGACCACCUCUACAACGUGCUGUUCGUUGGGGACUCCCACGUGGGCAAAACGUCCUUCCUGUACCGUUUGCACGCCGACACCUUCAACCCCCACCUCACGGCCACAGUGGGACUGGAUUACCAGAUCAAAAACCUCGUUGUGGAUAACAGGCGCUUUGCUCUCCGCCUGUGGGACUCAGCUGGUCAGGAAAGGCAGAACCUCCUUAGGCCGUCCUGGUGAUCACCCAAACUGCCCGCAGGUACCGCAGCAUGACCAAGCAGUUCUUCCGGAAGGCGGACGGGGUGGUGCUGAUGUACGACAUC